AUGUUCACAUUCGCUGCCUUCUGCUACAUGCUGUCUCUGGUCCUCUGCGUCUCCCUCAUAUUCUUUGCAAUAUGGCACAUCACAGCCUUUGACGAGCUUCAGGCCGACUUCAAGGUCCCCAUCGAUCAGGGAAACCCUCUCCACGCGAGGGAGAGGCUGCGGAACAUUGAGAGGAUCUGCAACCUGCUGCGAAAGCUGGUGCUGCCGGAGUACUCCAUCCAUGGGCUCUUCUGCAUUAUGUUCUUGUGCGCUCAGGAGUGGCUGACGGUGGGCCUCAACAUCCCCCUGCUCUUCUACAACACAUGGAGCAGGUACUUUCAUUCGCCCACCGACACCAAGGAGCUGCUCUACGAUCCAGCGUCAGUCAUGAACGGAGACACGUUGAAGUUCUGCCUGAAGGAGGCCUGGUGCAAGCUGUCCUUCUUCGUCCUGUCCUUCUUCUACUACCUGUAUUGUGUGUGGAACCUGGAUAUAUCCCUCUAA